AUGGCUGCCACUGGACCACCACAGCAGCCUACUAACACAGCACAAAAGUUGGCUCAUGUUAAUGAACGAACUUGGCUUACUAUGGGAAACCUUGCCGAAAUGAUGACCGACUAUGAAAAAGCAAUGAAUUGUUAUGAAUCUGCUUUACGACACAAUCCUUAUUCUAUUAAAGCUUUAACUCAAAUAGCUACUCUUUGUCGAGGACGUGAACAAUUUGCAAGAGCUGUGGAAUACUUCAAACGUAUAUUGGCUAUUCAAGAAAAUAAUGGGGAAACUUGGGCUGCUUUAGGUCACUGUUAUUUAAUGAUGGAUAAUCUUCAAGAAGCUUAUCAUGCAUAUCAACAAGCAUUAUAUCAUUUAUCUAAUCCAAAAGAUCCAAAAUUGUGGUAUGGUAUUGGUAUUCUUUAUGAUCGUUAUGGUUCUUUGGAACACGCUGAAGAAGCAUUCUCUGCUGUCAUGAAAAUGGACCCAAAGUUUGAAAAGGCGAAUGAAAUUUAUUUUAGGUUGGGUAUCAUUUACAAACAACAACAAAAAUUUGAUCUCUCUCUUCAGUAUGAACAAGCAAAAGAAGCAUAUGAACGCGUUUUAGCCGAAAAUCCAGAUCAUGCAAAGGUACUUCAACAACUUGGAUGGCUUUAUCAUCAACAAAAUACCUCUUUUUGUAAUCAAUCUUUGGCUAUUCAAUAUUUGACUCGAUCUCUCAAAUCUGACAGCAAUGAUGCUCAAUCUUGGUAUCUUUUGGGUCGAUGUUAUAUGGCCGAACAAAAUUACAACAAGGCUUAUGAAGCUUAUCAACAGGCUGUGUAUCGUGAUGCAAGAAAUCCUACAUUUUGGUGCUCUAUUGGUGUUUUGUAUUAUCAAAUCAAUCAGUAUCGUGAUGCCCUUGAUGCUUAUAGUCGUGCUAUUCGUUUGAAUCCAUAUAUUAGUGAAGUAUGGUAUAAUUUAGGAACUCUAUAUGAAUCUUGCAACAAUCAAAUUCAAGAUGCAUUAGAUGCCUAUCAACGUGCUGCCGAACUGGAUCCAUCUAAUCUACAUAUCAAACAACGAUUGGAAUUAUUACGCAAAUCUCAAUCUCAUACUCCUCAAACUCCUGGUAGUGUUCCUACUCCUCGAGAUGUUAGCAACCCAAGUCAAUAUCAAAAUGGUUCGAAUGCUCAACCUUUGAAUGGAUCAUCUUAUGCUCAGAAUUCGGCACCAAGUGGUCCUCCUAAUGGUAUGGAUGCCUAUCAUACUCAAGCUUCAUCUCAACAAAGACCUGUUGAAGAACGUGGCCCAGCUCCACACUUACCCAUGGUAUGA